CACCGUGAUACUUGCAAGAUCAUCUCGAUCCAGUUCGGUCACCGCCACGUGCUCGCCCUGUCUGAUCGUGGCAAGGUCUUCUCCUGGGGCGACAACGGCCAGGGCCAGCUCGGCCUCUCGGACAUCCAGACGCGCUACGAGCCCAAUUUCGUGGAGGAGCUACGGAACGAGGCAGUCAAGCAGAUCGUCGCGGUCGGCAACAUGAGCUAUGCCCUCACAAGCAAGGACCGGGCACGGUCUACGCUUGGGGCGAGAACGACAAGGGUAUGCUCGCCCUCGAGCACGAGGC